AUGGAUCACCGCAGCGAUAUUGUGCAGCAAGCCGAGGUCGGCAUCAACUUGCCGCUGCAGAUGCUGCUCUACUACAACGUGAUCUUUGACGCCUUCACCUCCCCCAUCUGGAUCGCUGUCUUUUAUCACAAGAUGCGGGAGCUCACGUAUGCGUCGACGAUACGCAAGUAUGCCGAGAUCUGCUGCGUGUGCAUCUACCUGCCCACCGACGGCAUGCGUCUCUACUUGGGCUACAGCGGAAAUCUCCUGGAAAAGGUACCGCAUCUCGUGGGCUUUACCUUUCUCAGCGUCGUACCGCAAGUGCCCUGCGCGCUCUUUUUGGCGUUCGGCACCGAGCACAGCCUGCCAUUUGACGAGAUGCUCGCGGUGCUGCACCUGCUCUUCCUUUGCGCGCAAAUGUACCAUGCGUACUACGCCUGCCGCGCCUCGAUCCGCCGACAAACCGCUCACUUUAUGCGGCUCUGCGACCACGAGACGAGUGCGAAGAAGGUCGUGUGACGACAACACGCGCGUCCAAGUAGUUGGCCGCCAUGAGGAGCUCGAGCGCCAUCUCGGGCUCGAUCGCAAAGUCCGGAAUGCGCGCAUUGCUGUUCGAGUAGCGCUUCUUGUAGUACAUGUACUGGAUGACCUUUUCGAGGAUCGGCGCGCCAAUGUCUGGGAAGCGCACCUCGCCCUUGCUCUCGCUAAAGUGGCCCGAGAGCAUCGCCUUGAUCGUACCGGACACGAGCGCGCACUUGCGCGCGACGUAGAACUCGUGGCCCUCGGCGCUAAUGAGCUUGACGUACUCGGACGGCGGCGCGGCCUCGGCGUCGGCCAUGCUGUCCGUUCAAGAAGAUUUGGCAAUUUCGAUGGUUUUCAUUUUAUUCCACUUUGCAAUGGAGUCUGC